GUUGAGAAGGCGUUUAAGGUUAUUAAAGUAAAGAGGUUGAGAAGGCGUUUAAGGUUAUUAAAGUAAAGAGGUUGAGAAGGCGUUAAAAGUUUUAAAUAAACUUGAAGAGUUUAUGUAGGAAGUCGAGAAGGAGUUAGACUAUUAUAGUUAAGGUUUUAUAUAGUGAGUCAAGAGGGAAGUUAAGGUUGAAUGGUUGUAUGGUUGAAUGAAAGUACAUUUUUGAUCGAAUUGGAGUUGGAGAAGUAAGAAAGGAUUAAAGGUAGCGACAUUAAAGAUAGUAUUAAGUUUGAAAGGUUGAAUGAAUAGUUGUUGGUUGAAUUGAGGGAUUAAGUGGAAGUAACGGAAUGUAAGUGGUUGUGAGGUUUUAAGGUAUGUAUGGAAAGUAAUUAAUUUAUGAAGGUCAGGUUAGCGUUAUUCUUUUUGGUAUUAAAUUAUAGAUGGAGAAAAAUGUGUGCAAGUGUUGAGGGGGUGUGUUGGAGUUUGUAUAUUAAAUGUAAUGGCAGGCAACACUUGACACUUGAUUAGAUUUCGAAUAUUGGAAUUAAUUUAAAUGUUUAAAAAAACAGAUCAUUGUAUUCUCGUAAGAAAAUGUCAGAACUUCUCAUCUAGACACGGCAAGACAAACAUCGUUUCAACUAUUUUGUACUUAAACUCAAAAAUUUCCAUGAGAAAUACGAAGCUAUAUUCCAAUCAUCAAAAUAAGAGAAUAUUUAAAUCGAAGUUGAUGAAAAAAAAUGAUGAAGUUGUUUUAUCAUUUGUAGUAUGUGACUCUAGGUUUAAUGAGUCACUGAAUUUGUUGAAGUCUGGACUUAUUUUUACACAAUCCUCCUUACAUGUGGUUAUAUUUGCUGAAGAUGAUUUACACAAAAAGUUUAACAGUACAUUGACAAAGUGGAAGAUGUUGAUUGCCAGACCAUUCACUUUUGAACUUCAUAAAAUUAAUUUUCCCGAAGCAAACAGAAAGGAUUGGAUGAACUUAUUUAGUAAAUGUGCUGCUCAAAGAUUAUUUAUACCUGCAUUGCUUCCUCAUGUCGAUGCUAUGAUAUAUGUGGAUACAGACACCCUGUUUUUGGGUCCCAUAGAAAUUUUGUGGAAUUACUUUACAAAAUUUAAAGCUACAGAAAUAUCAGCUUUGGCUUUAGAAGAUGAAAACCCAAAUGUUUCAUGGUACCCUAGAUUUGCCAAACAUCCAUUUUAUGGAAAAUGCGGUUUGAACUCUGGUGUGAUGCUAAUGAAUUUAACAAGGAUGAGAGAAUUUGGAUGGAUCGAUUAUAUAACUCCUAUCAUGCUAAGGUGGAAAUCCAAUAUACCGUGGGGCGACCAAGACAUAAUCAACAUUAUCUUUCACUAUCACGAGAGGGCAGUCCAUGAGUUGUCCUGCCGGUACAACUAUCGUUCUGACCAGUGUAUGUAUGGUGACGCGUGCACAGAUGCCACCUCCAACGGGAUCUUCGUACUCCAUGGCAGUCGCAGAGCAUUCUAUAGUGACAAGCAACCGGCGUUUCAAGCAGUGCACAGAGCUAUAGAGGAGUUUGAAAUUGGAGCAGAUUUGUCGCCAAAAAUGUUGCUCGUCAAUAUGGAGAAGUACUUGAACGAAACGCCCCCUUCGAAUUGUGGAAACUUAAAAGAUGCAUUCCUGAAAAUACCCACAGAGACCUUUAAAAAACAUUACAACUUACCCGACAGAUAGAACUUUUAAAGUGCUUCUUUAUUUAAAUAGUUGUUUUGAUCAGGGUAUACCGUAUUCAUCAUCUAUCUAUGUAAAUAAAAAUAAAUAUAUAUUUAUAUUAUAAUGUUUGUCCUCUAAGCGUUCCUAAACCAAUGAUAUAGUUUUGUCUAUAUUUGCAGCGUGUAAAACAUUAAUAAAGUGAAUGUGUAACAAUAUAAUAA